CAAAAGAGAGGUCUGUUACUUGCAUUUCAAGUCUAUGAAUUCCUUUUCCCAUGAACAUGAGAAAUAAAUACUAAAAACCAAAAAGCAAUUAUUAGAUAAGUUGUUUGCAUUGGCAACUCUUUUCAUUCACUUGUACAAGCACCCUUAUCCUAUCUCCCAUGGCUUCCCUUCUGCAACUCCUCUGUUUCCUAUCCACACAUUGUCUUCUUAUCUGUGCCAUCUCCACAUCUAAUCAAACUCCCAAGCCUUAUGUUGUUUACAUGGGAAGUUCAUCUUCAAAUAGUGAUGGAGAUGUUCAAGUUUCAGAAUCAGCUCAUUUGCAAUUAUUGUCUUCCAUUAUUCCAAGUGAAGAGAGUGGGAGAAUAUCUUUAAUCCACCAUUAUCAUCAUGCUUUUAGAGGGUUCUCUGCCAUGCUUACUGAGAAUGAAGCCUCCAUCUUAUCUGCAGGCCGUCCUGAGACUGUAUCCGUCUUCCCCGAUUCUGUUCUUCAACUCCAUACAACACGUUCUUGGGAUUUCUUGGAAGAGGAUUCAGGCAUGAGGAGGGCAACCCCAAGAUAUAAGCAUGGAUCAAGUGAUGUCAUAAUUGGGAUGAUAGACACAGGGAUAUGGCCGGAGUCUCCAAGUUUCAAUGACAAUGGAAUUGGGAAAAUUCCUUCAAGAUGGAAAGGAGUUUGCAUGGAGGGCCCUGACUUUAAGAAAUCCAAUUGUAAUAGGAAGUUGAUAGGAGCAAGAUACUACAAAAUCCCACUGAUGAAAUCCAACGGUAACAAAACCAGCCCAGCCAAAACCUUCGGCUCACCAAGGGAUUCUGUAGACCACGGCACCCACACAGCAUCAACGGCAGCUGGCGCGCCGGCCGCCAACGCCAGCUAUUACGGCUUAGCCCGAGGCACGGCAAAGGGCGGCUGGCCGUCGGCUAGAAUAGCGUGCUACAAGGCGUGCUCGGAAGAAGGCUGCGCCGGCUCCGCCAUCAUGAAAGCUUUUGAUGACGCACUUGAUGACGGCGUAGACAUAAUAUCAGUUUCCGUUGGAAUGAACUCAUUAUUUGAAGCAGACUAUUUAAAUGAUCCCAUUUCCAUUGGAGCUUUUCAUGCAGAGCAAAUGGGUGUCAUGGUUGUCUGCUCUGGAGGGAAUGAUGGUCCUGAUUCUUUCACCAUUGUUAAUACUGCUCCAUGGAUCUUCACUGUUGCAGCUUCUAAUAUUGACAGGGAUUUCCAGUCCUCUGUGCUGCUUGGAAAUGGGAAAACUUACCGAGCUUCUGCCAUUAACUUCUCAAACCUGACCAAGGGGGAGACAUAUCUUCUCGCUUUUGGAGAGGAUGUUGCUGCUAAGUAUACCCCCGCAAAUGAAGCAAGAAAUUGCUAUCCAGGAUCAUUGGAUCAAAAGAAAGCAGCAGGGAAGAUUGUUGUUUGUGUUGACAAUGACUUAUCUAUUUCAAGAAGAAUCAAGAAGUUAGUUGUGGAAGAUGUGAAUGCCAAAGGGUUGAUUUUUAUCAGUGAGACUGAGACAGGUGUCCCUUUUGAUUCUGGGAUUUUCCCAUUCGCACAAGUUGGCAGUGUUGAGGGAUUGCAGAUUCUUAACUACAUUAAUUCCACCAGGAACCCAAAAGCAACAAUCCUUCCAACAGUUGAAGUUCCAAGACACAGACCUGCACCAGUUGUUGCAUAUUUCUCAUCCAGGGGUCCUGCCCAGCUUACAGAAAACAUUCUCAAGCCUGAUAUAAUGGCUCCAGGAGUGGCCAUUUUAGCUGCCACAAUUCCUAAAACUGAACCUGGAAGUGCGCCAAUUGGUAAGAAGCCACCCCUAUUUGCCAUAAGAUCUGGAACAUCAAUGGCUUGCCCUCAUGUAACUGGUGCAGCUUCAUUGAUCAAGUCAGUGCACCCUGGAUGGACUCCUUCUAUGAUCAAGUCAGCACUUAUGACAACAGCAACUGUGUACAACAACAUAAGGAAACCUUUGACAAACAGUACGAACAACUUUGCAAAUCCACAUGAGAUGGGUGUCGGAGAAAUCACCCCACACAAAGCUCUCAAUCCAGGAUUGGUCUUUGAAACAACAACAGAAGAUUAUCUUCAAUUCCUGUGCUACUAUGGUUAUUCAGAGAAAAACAUAAGAUCUUUGUUAAACACCAACUUCAACUGCCCAAAAAACUCCAUUGAAGAACUCAUCUCAAAUAUCAACUACCCAUCUAUCUCCAUAGGCAAGCUCAGCCGGCAUCAAACUGCCAAAACAGUCAAAAGAACUGUAACCAAUGUGGGAUUAUCAAAUACCUCGUACAUUGCUAAACUGCAUGCUCCUGCGGGGUUGGUGGUGAAGGUUUUUCCCAAGAAGCUUGCUUUUCUUGAGGGUGUGAAAAGGUUGUCCUACAAAGUGUCAUUCUUUGGCAAGGAGGCUCCUGGUGGCUACAAUUUUGGAUCUCUUACAUGGGUUGAUGGCCGACAUUCUGUCCGUACAGUGUUUACAGUGAAUGUUGAGUAGUUUGAGAGAGUGAUUUUGUAAAAUAAAAAUGGUGAAAUUAAAUUAUAUAAAUUGGAUUUUUUU